AUUAUAAUUUGCAGAAAUUCAGCUCUUGCUCUUAUUUAUCGUCUGUUGUCAGUUUGCAGAGAUCAUUUUACUCUACAUCAAAACUUUUGGUUCAGCGUCGUUUGUUUGCAGUAACACUUUCCAAUAAGCGAUGGCUUUUGGCAUCAUUAUCAUCGUUUAGUGAAGUAACAGAGUAUCUAUUUUGGCCAUUCCCGUUCCAUUGUCUACUUGUUGCGAUUUCGGUCACUGAUGGUACUAGUUGGAUGUGCAAUAUAAUUUUUACUGGGGCCGGAAUUAUUUCAUCUAUUUACUGUUUUUAA